GUGAAUUAGGUUAUAUUUUUAAUUCCAAUAUAAAUUGUAUAAAUAAUAACAUGUAUGCUAGUCUCCCUUAAUGCGCCUUGCGAGCCAAUUGGUCACCACUCAGUAGCAUUGCUUAUUUGCAACUAUAAGUGUCGUUAAAAUAUAAAAAUUCUAAGCGACAAUUCGGUAUUUUUUGAAGCCAAAUAAUGACCGAAUUCACUCUGUGCUAUAGAGAAGUGGUCCCGGAUCAACCCUUACACGAGUAUUGGAAAGAUGUUUCUCUAACCACAGGUAGUAGUGGCACGCAGAGCACCUUACAAGACAUUAAAGUCAGGGAGAAGGCUAGCGGUUACAGUUUUCAAGACAGCACCAAGCACUAUACCCGCAAUAGAUUCAUUUAUUGGAAAAUCCGGUACGACGUUUUGGAAUUGGUCGAGCAGAGUUUGGAUAUUAAUUUAUCAGAUAACCGCGUGCGGUAUUAUUUCUAUGAAAGUCCCAUACUUGAUGGUAUAUCGGUUUGGGAAACCGCAGAAAGUGUUGUAAUUUUAGUACCGACGGUGUGUAGCGUGCACAGGUUAAGUUUCCCGCACCCCUCGAAAUUUCAUAAACAGGAUGAGUUGCUGGGUAGUCAUCCAAAUUUGGCGGCGCCUUCUAUUUUUUCAAAGGCCGAUACCGAAGAAGCGAAGAAUCGUAACAAGUACCAUCUAUUUAGUACUCCCGGUACAACAGUCGGUCACCUACCGAGAUUGGCGAGUUCCUAUUAUAAUUCUCACACAGACGACGCCAUUUUCGUCCUAGUUUACCCCGGUUCGGAAAUGCUAUUAAUAAAGCAAAAGAGCGCCGGUCCAUGCGUUUCUUUCGAACUCAAGAGUGACUCGUUAUUGCCCAGAUUUUUGGCGGGUCUCACGGAAAAAUUCAGGGGCAAAAAUUUGGAUUUGGAACUUGUGCUUAGUGUGCUGAUCCACACGAUCGAUGACGAACCCUGCGUUUUGUCUUUGAACCGCGGGGGACAGUUGAAAGUUUGGUCGUGUCUUAGGGGUCAGUGCCUGACCGCUGUUGACCUUUUGGCCGAGACGGGUUACACUGAAGGAGAGCGACCGCAAGAAGGAAUUAUCAAACGUCCCGUGGACGAUCAGGACUCGGACUGUCCGUUGGCGAUUUACAUGAAUUUUUCCAGCGGCGGUCAGUUUCACAUUUUCCGCUUGAGUAGCUCCGCGGGUCAGGAAAUACGGAUUACCAAACUGAACACUCUUAUCGCCGUCGAGAACGGCCUGAUCGAUUUUUGCCUGCAAACGGAUCGAUUGUGGUCGAUAUGGCGCGCCUCGGACGACGACUGCGUCAUCUACAAGACGUCGCUGACGUCGGACUGUUGGACGCCGGUCCUCAAGGAGGUCCUCGUCGACACCGACCGACCGAUGACGACGAAGGAGUCCGACCCACGGGAGGUCUAUCUCCAGUACUUGUUCCGUCCGGGCAGAUUUCCGCUGCACGUCAUCAGUAAAUCCCUCAAGAUCUAUAACAAGUCGAGCGUCAUCAAGACGGAGGUCAAUAUGACUUCUGUCGCGGCCCUCAAGCAGAGCAUCUGUUUGGCCAUAGAAAGCGACAUACGCAACUCUUUCAAGGACCACGAAAUCAGCGAAGAAGAAUACCUUGAAUACGCGUUGUGGUGCUGGCAAAGGUUCUACUCGUGUUGCGUGCAGUACCACCAGGAGAGCUUUCGUCCCCUAGGGUUGAUGCUGCUGCCGCAGGUGUCCGGCGCGGUAUUACUCAAAAAAUCGACUAUCGCUUUCCUACGACCCGUCGAACCUUUGGAACACAUGAUGCUCAGCGGAGAUUUGUCAUACAGAGAUCAGUUUGUCAAUUUCUCGAUGCUCGGUGAAGACGAAGACACCGCAUUGGACGUGAUGACGUUAUUUGAUGUUAUGACGUAUGUCGAUCGGCAACUGAGCGAUUCCUUCAAGAACUCCUUCGAAACGGCGUUGGCCGUUCGUCUGGCGCCCAACGACGUCAUGGCGGACUUGGUGGGAAAACUGAAAAACGAAAUGAAGUCUGAGUACAAAACGAUAUCGGACCGCGUGUGCACGUUGCUGAGUCAAUGCGCUGACUUGUAUCGCGCGGUGCACAAAGUGCUGGAACUGCUGAGGCACAACAGCGGCCUAUCGCACCCGGACAGCUCUGUCAAUCCCGCCGCUAUGUAUUACUUCAGCUCGUCGCUAGGCGUGUCGCUGGUAGCGAGUUGCCUGCGACAACAAGCGCAAAACAGAUUCGCCAUAUGCCGCGACCUUCUGCUCAUAUGCGACAUACUGAUCAAGGGCAAAGAGUUGCAACCCAACAUCUUCGAGGCGAUCCAGUCGGUGUGCAAGCCGGAAAUCGGCAUUUUGACCCAGGCCAACUACGUGGUCCUGUGGUUGACGGGACUCCCCGUCCUCAACAACACCCUGUCCGAAACCAGCUUGCAACGGCUCACGCCGAUUAGACUGACGCCAUCUUACAACAAGCGCUCGAACGGCAGCUGCAUUUCGCUGAUCGAGUUGUUCGCCGCCUCCACGGGGGGUCACGAAGCGAGGAAAAAGUUCGCGAGGGUCGAGUUUAACGGAGCCGCUAUGGCCCACUGGCACCUAUCCUUGUUGCCCCUAGUUAAUCACUUGAGAAGCGUCCUGUGGCCUUUGAAAAGUGGCACCGUUUUAGCGGAGUGGGUGAUAAGCAGCGGGCAACACGUGUGGUUGCAGGAGUACGUGAGGAUCUUAAACGGUUGGUGCGAUUGCAACACUGCCACUCAUCGUUUCCUAUUGGCCUUAUCGUUUCUAAGCAGCACGGAGAACUACAAAGCCCUGGAUCUGUUUCAGUUCGCCGCGGAGGGCGUGCUAGAUGAACCUUUCUUCCACCAGAGGGUGCUCAAAGACCAACCCGUAGAUAGGGACUGUGCACGUAUAAGUUACUACUUAAAGGUUAUCCAGCUGUUCGAGCUGCACAGGGCUCGCGAUUGCGCCAUAUCCGUAGCGGAUCUGGCGCUGGGCGUCAUAAAUCCCGAAAAUCCGCUUCUGGCCACCCUAUAUUCGAUCAAAUUUAAGCACCAUCUCGCGCUCAAACGCUACGGCGACGCUUUCUACGCGCUGAAGUCGAACCCCGAAGACGAAAGGAAGAAGGACAACCUGCGGGACCUCGUCAAGACGUUGUUAGACGAGAAGAACUUCGAUACGGUACUGAGCUUCACCUACGGCGAGCUGGACGAGCUGUUUACUUCCAUACUGCUGACCAGGGCCCGGGCCACCGACCCCGUCAGCAACGUCUUCUACGAGAUACUCUACGCGUAUCAGAUUAAGCAGGGCUCGCUGUGCCAUCGACUGGCCGCGUCGAUCAUGUACGAGCAGGCUUACCGCCUGUCGCACCUCAACACCGUAGACGCCAUCGAAAAACAAGUGAAAUGCCUCCUGGCCGCCAAAAAUAUCCUGCAACUCUGCGACGGGCGGUACGCGUGGGUGGUGCGGCCCUGCGACCCAGACGAGCAGCAGGAAGAAGUGACGCUCGACCCGUUGGCCGGUUCAGGUAACGAAGGCGAGGUGUUUCUCGUCAAGAACCAGGUGGAGGUGGUGAACGUCGACCUCAUCAAGCGGGAGCUGAGCUUCGCUUCCGCCAAGCUGCACUUGGCCAAAUUCGACGCGUCUCCCAUGUCCAACGUCACCGCCCCCAUCGAACUAGUCACCCUCCUGAGCAGUGCCGGACUGUUUAAGACGGCCCUGAACAUUUGCAAAACGUUCGGUUUGCCGCAGGCUCCCGUAUUCGAAGCGUUGACUUGGAGAUGCGUCAUCCUCAGCGAGGAAGAGAAUCCGGUGGCCUGGGAGUGGCUCGUAGAGAACGACUUGCAAGAUCUCCCGCCUAACAGGGACAGCGUCGCCAUGGUGGUCUGGCAACUGCUCCAAGACUAUCUCGCCAAAUACGAACAACCCAACGCGACGACGCUUCACAAAGUCGUGUGCAAAAAAAUCAUAAGCAUGAGGAUAUACGUGCCGUUUUGGUUGCUCGCCUCGUACAAGUUACGUAACCCCGGCGAGCUGUUGCGAAUCCUGCACGUGUCGGGACGUCUCGACGAAGCGUUCGAGGUGGCACACGGGUACCUUUUGGCCGCGUUGGGUUACGGCAAGGAGCUCUUCGGGUUCGUUAAGCCGCUAGCACCGACCUCGGAACCGUUCUGCUUGCCGGUAUACUCGCUCGAAGCGUUCAUCACGGAGCUGGAGAUGCAAAACGCUAAGAGUAUCGAGAAUCCGUUCAGAGACGAGCACAAAACGCUGAGCGAGCUUUUCGCGAGGUAUUUGGAGACAGCGACCAGGAUCACCAAUGAAAAAUGUCAGCUGGUGAUGUCGUCGUACGGCUCGAUACCGACCGCUUCGCAUAAAAUGGUCUUUUAGCGUAGCUUUUUUAUCGAGAACAAUGUACUUUUUUUUCAAGCGGGUGUAUUUUAUUUCCCGACCCCGAUACCUUUUCCCAAAAUUUUCGAAGAAUCUCGCACAGGCUACUGUAACACUCCUGAUGUUGAUGUUUUUUUUUUAAAGGGGUUUAUGCCCUCAUUUUGGAUAUGGUUAGCUGUGAAUUAAAAAUGGUAUUGAAGCAAUCCAAUUUCUAGUCAGACGCGUUAACCGACUGGUCAAGACUUUAAAAGUUGAAAUAUCUCUGAUGCUCACUAUCGCGGGUAUUACGAGGGCUACCUUUUAAAUUUUGAAAUUUGCAAUCAAAAAAACCACUUUACUUUAUUGUUUCUCAAAAUAUUCACCCUGAUGAUCAAUACAUUUUUGCAUUCGAUGAACCAAUCAUCAAACCACUUUGCCUACAUCGAUUUGGGCAGCUUCAAAACAGGCUUUUUAAACGCACCAAUCGCUUCUUCUGGUGUCAAAAAUCGUUGCCCGCGUUAUUUAUUCUUAAUGUAUUGGCAUCAAAAGAAGUCUAAAUCAGGACUAUAUGUUCAAAUCAACGUUUUUAAUGCUCAAAAGUUCUUUGUUUGCACUGAUCAGUGUCGUCGUGGAGAGUGAUUCGUCUUCGGCGGUUGGUUUUUCAAAUUUUUUCGAAGACUUUCGCCAAACAAAUGGCUGUGUACCAUUCAGAAUUGACUGUUUUACCUUUCACCAAAGAUACAGUUACAACGUGGUCAGUUUUCCUGGAAAAACAGGCUACCAUUUGGUUCAAGGUACUUUUUAACAUUUCCUUCGACCAAUCGACACGAGCCUUUUUUUGAGCUAAUGUCAAAUUGUGUGGAACACAACGCGAACAAAUUUUUGUAGAGGCCAAAUAUUCAUGCAAAAUUGUAUGUAUGCUGGUCCCACUAAUGCCUAAAGAUACCUCGAUCUCAUGGUAAGUCACGUGACGAUCCUGCAAAAUCGCCCCUUCACGAAAUUCAUCCUUAAGAAAAUUACGAUCACGACUGAAGUCCGAAAACCAGCGAUAAACAGUAAGUAGUCCUAGAUGGUGCUUUAACUCCAAAAUCGAAUUAAGUUCAUCGAUGCAUUGUUGUUGAGUUAGUCCACGUCUAAAGUUGUAAAAAAUUAUUGCACGGGAAUGCUCCCGAUUAAGUUGCAUUUUUAACCGUCGCAUUUUUUUUAAUUUAUCAUAAAAACCACCAACAACACUCUUUCGCCAAAACCUAACCUCAAAAUGUCAAACUUCCAUAGGGAUAUUCCGAUAGUAGUAAAUACGCGUAGGUACUCGAUACUUUUGAUUCGAUACCAAUUAUUUAUAGCAUCGAAUCAAUCUUGCGAUACUUACUCGGUAUCGAAACAAAAGUACUUGGUAUCAAAUCGAAUCAGCCUCACCAUUAAAAAAAAACGGAAAGUAUCAGACAAACAUAAUCU